GUUUUCAGGUAAUUGGAUCUCCUGUGUUUUGAAUCUCACAUGUAAGAGUUUGCUGUGGAACAGUUGUCCUUCCUUGGAGCAAUGUAUCACAAACCAAUUGCCAUGUACACUAUUUCAGUUGCUGGACUGGAUUGUACUUGCAAGACAAAACCAAUGACCCUUGUUCACUUUGCCAAAUAAGUGUAUCCAGCCCCUUCCAUUUCUGACAGAUGAUCAUUUGUUGGGUGCGCGCACACACACAAAAUCCUUUUGAAUAAGCAUAUCUUUGUGUAGCUCAUAAUCAUCUUAAUCAUGCUGACAAAAGAUUAUAAAUAUAUUUCAAGAAAUGAUUCAAUCUUCACCUUUCUCCCCCACAACCAACCACUAAGAAACCCAGUAAAGUUCUUUGUUUAAAGAGCUCUGGUGACGACUAAUCCAUUUAUCAGUUUUACAUUUCCUGUGCUGUUUCCUAGGUUUUGCAUAGGGGAAAAAACAAUCACGUUGUUGAACUGAAUCAACACAGUUGAAAGCCUUUCAUAAAGGCGCUGUGCCAGUUUCAACAUCUGUGCUCAACAGGUUGGCUUUAGUUAGGUAAAGAACAGAUCCUCUUUUUGAUCUAAAUCUUUAAUAAUUGAUCUGAAAACAUUUUCAUAGGUAAAUGGAACUGCAGUAUUUCCACGGAACUAUAACUAAAGACGACUGUGAAAAAUUACUGAGCAAAACAGGAAAAAAUGGGAGCUUUUUAAUACGAAACAGUGAGAGUAUUCCAGGAGUCUUGUGCCUUUGUGUUUUCUAUGAACAGAUUAUCUACACUUACCGAAUCUUCAGGAAACAUAACGGACACUUUAUGAUGCAGACUUCUGAGGGUGCUCCAAAACAGGACUUCAGAACUUUAAAGGAUUUAAUUGCUACUUAUGAGAAACCAAAUCAAGGGCUAGUAAGCAACCUGCGCUAUCCAGUAAAUAGACCUACAACAUCCCAAAGAUCUCAGACCGUCUACGUCACUAAAGGUGAAGCAUAUUUGAUUCCUGAAAAUGAAGAUGCUGAGGAUUAUCUUGAAGUCUUACCUGAGUGAUUGGCUGAGGGAACAUUUCUCAUGACUUGCUUCAUCUCUCAACACAGACACUAGUCUUGAGUGGGUCACACUCUUGCUAACUGGAUAGUCCAUUUGACUGGAUUUUGUUUUCAUUUGUGCUCUAGAUAGUACUGCCCACAUGGUUAUCUCUUGCUCGCUUGGCUCUUGCUCCAGCAAAAAAACCAACACUCUUCCUUUUCCUUCCUGUAUUCGUGGUACCUAUACCUGCCCACUUAAGUGACCACUUCAUAGACCUGAUGAAAUGGAAACUGAGCUGCAAAAGCUUAUGCCACGAUAAAAGCUGCAGUGCUUAAGGUGUUUCCAUUUUAAGAGAAGCAAGUUUAAUUGCAUCCCAUACAUCAGGUAUGGCCAAACUUGGCCCUCCAGAUGUUUUGGGACUACAACUCCAAUCAUCCCUAGCUAACAGGACAAGUGGUCAAGGAUGAUGGGAAUUGUAGCCCCAAACCAUCUGGAGGGCCAAGUUUUACUAUGCCUGCCCUACAUGGACUCAAGUUUAAACUUGCUACAUCAAUUAUGAAGUGGACUCUAGACCAGAAAAGCUUAUUCUGUAACAAUUUUUAGUUUUUAAUCUUUAGUUGUUUUCUUCAUUCAACUUUGUGAAUAGUCAUGAACACAAGUGUCAGUUGCUUUUAUUUUUUAAAUUUUCACUUAUUUAUUUUGGCAAUUCGCAACUAGCAUCAGUAGCAGCAUGUUGAACAGAGUAAUGCUAAAUAUAUUUACUUGCAAUUAAAUCCUACUGAAAUAAUUGGGGAUUAAGUUUGAUAUACACCGUAGAGCUCUGCAAGAGUUACUGCUGAUAUCCAUAACAAUAUAUCAAAUACUAAACGAUAAUUUGAUUCAACUGUAUCUUGUUAUCCUGGCGAAGUCACAGCAAUUUUAUAAUUAUAUUGUUAAGGAUCUUUAAAUUUUCAAAGACAGUACUAUAAAGUUGUCACUGUCCACAGUUCAAUUAUUUUUAAAUGUCUCACUGUAGUCUCUAGUCAGGUCAGAGGCCACUCUACUUCCCAAAGGACUUCAAGCUAUACCCCGGAAAUGCCAAAACUACUCCCCAGAAGUAUAACCAGUUUUACAGCAAUACACAUGUACAUUUAGGUGCAAGUGUUUGC